AAUACAUCAAUUUAAUUAUGAAUGUUAAAUUGUGUAACUGAAAUUCUUACAUUGCAAAGUUUAAUGAUACUUAUGGUGCACAUUAUCCUUUCUCCGUAAUAAGGGGUCCACCGCUCGCAUUAAGAUUCGCGCACCUCUUGAUGAAUAUGAACAGAGACGAGAGAAAAGGUGGCCAGAUGAAGUAUCUUCCGCUCUUCUUCCCCUGGGAUAAAGAGAGAAGCUCCUUUUUUUAUAAUAUUUACUCAGAAAGAGAGAGAGAAUAAAGAGAAGGAAGAAAGCUUGAUUAUUUAGCCUUAAAUUUAUAAUAAAGUUCCUUAUUUGAGCAUGGGGGUUUGAACAAGAAUCCAAUAUUGAGAUGAUUAUAAUGCUUAGUAGCUCAUCCUUGCAAACCUCUGCUUGGGAUAAACUUGGAUAUAAGAAAGCCUUGAAAGUGUUUGUGCUUUUUCCUCAACGGAGAUGGACCCUUGCAGAAGAUGGGCAUUUGGGCUUCUUUCUCUUUAUUGUGUUUUGUUGCCGUUAUCUCAAUCUUCAGUUUAUGGGUUCACUAAGGUUAGGGGUGUGAAUUUGGGAGGCUGGCUUGUGGUAGAAGGGUGGAUUAAACCUUCGCUGUUUGAUGGUAUUCCAAAUGGGGAUAUGCUUGAUGGAACACAAGUGCAAUUCAAGUCAAUGACAUUGCAGAAGUAUGUGAGUGCAGACAAUGGUGGAGGAAUGAAUGUUACUGUGGACCGAGAUGUGCCAUCUACAUGGGAAACCUUCAAGAUAUGGAGAGUAUCUGAAAACGAGUUUCAGUUCCGAUGUGUUGGUGGCCAAUUUUUAACAUCGACUGGUGAAGGGAACUUGAUCUCAGCUACAGCAGGUUCGCCUUCUGUAAAUGAGACUUUCUAUGUUGAAAGGAACAAUACCAGAGUUCACUUUAAAUCCUUGAGUGGAAUCUACGUGCAGGCUACACAAGAUAAUCAGCUCAGAGCAGAUUAUCAAGGAGAGCCAGGCUGGGAAGACAACGCUGCAACCUUUGAAAUGAUAAUUUUCGCCAACAAUCUACACGGAGAUUAUCAGCUUGCUAAUGGGUAUGGGCAUGAUAAAGCAGAAGAGAUUCUGAUGAAACACCAACGCACCUUUGUAACAGCACAAGAUUUUGAUUUUCUCUCGAAGCAUGGUAUAAAUACUGUUAGAAUUCCUGUUGGAUGGUGGAUUUAUCAAGACCCAGACCCACCAGCUCCGUUCGUUGGAGGUUCCCUGUCAGCUCUAGACAGAGCAUUUUUAUGGGCACAGGUUUAUGAUAUUAAAUGCAUUAUCGAUCUCCACGCUGGUCCUGGUUCGCAGAACGGAAUGGAACACAGUGCUAGCAGAGAUGGUUCUGUAAACUGGCCACAACCAGAGUAUAUUUCACAGACACUGGAUGUCAUAGAUUUUUUGUCUGCAAGGUAUGGAAGCCAUCCUGCUCUCCUUGGGAUUGAGCUUCUCAAUGAACCUUCUGCAGGAGCAGUUCCAGUAGAUGUUUUGAUUUCUUAUUACACGAAAGGCUACCAAAUUGUUCGCAGUCAUUCAUCUACAGCUUAUGUUAUAAUUUGCCAGAGAAUUGGGAAUGCUGAUCCAUUGGAGCUUUAUCAGGCAAACAUCGGUGAUUCAAAUGUCGUGGUGGAUUUACACUAUUACAACCUCUUUGACCCUUUUUUCAGUAACACGAGUGUCACAGAUAAUAUUGAAUACUUACACAAAAGUAGAGAACCACAGUUACAAGCAUUAAACAGUGCAAAUGGGCCUCUUAUAUUUAUUGGGGAGUGGGUGAAUGAAUGGAGUGUAGUGAAUGCCUCAAAAAUGCAGUAUCAAAUGUUCGGGAGAGCUCAAUUAGAGGUUUAUAAUGCUGCUUCGUUCGGCUGGGCUUAUUGGACACUGAAGAACGACGAAAAGCAUUGGGACUUCGAAUGGAAUCUUCAGAACAACUAUCUUCUACUAGGUAGUUCGUCCAGGAUGUCUCCAAACAAACUGUACAUUCUCAUAUUGGCAUAUACAUUGUUUUUGCUGGCAUACUCGCUAUGAUACAUUAACACUACCAAGUACCAACACAUCAAGGAAACCUGGAGAGGAAAUUUUCUUCGACGAUGAUCCUCUCUUUUUUUUAGAGGCCGCUGGUUCAUUCAUUUCUUGUGUAACAAUAAAAAUGAACACAAUUUUAAUUUCAUUAAAGAUUUUAAGAUACCAUGUACAACAAUUGCACUCAGAUUUAAAAUUAUUUUUCCCAAUG